AAGCUUUCCUAAUAUAUAAACCCCCAAAACCCUCUUUUUUUCAUUUCCCUCUCACUCGCUUUCUUCUUUCCCCUCUCUCUUGCCACACUCCACUGUCUGUCGCCGUCGCGCCUCUUGGAGACACCCCCAGUGAUCGGCGGAGCAGAAACCCUAGAAAGCGCCAAGCGACGACAGUGAAGUGAGGGAGACGACGAAGCAUAGUCUUUGAGAGGGGGGGAGAGAGAGAGAGAGGAUCGACGAUUCGCUCUCUCGCCUCAGUUCGACCAGCCACUCAGAAACUCAAGAGGUUUGCGAUUACCAGGUUCGUGAUUCAAAGAAGUAAUGGCGGUGCAGCAAGCCCCAACUGGGAUAGUCUCUCCAAGUGCUGAUGUUGUCAGCAAGGCAUUCGUCCAUCAAUACUACCUCAUUCUGCAUCAAUCGCCAGAGCAUGUUCAUCGGUUUUAUCAGGACAUCAGCAAACUUGGCCGUCCUGAAGAAAAUGGAAUCAUGGGGAUCACCACAACUAUGAAGGCAAUCAAUGAGAAGAUACUGUCGCUUGAUUAUGGUGAAUUCAAGGCUGAGAUAAGCACAGUUGAUGCACAGGAUUCUUACAAUGGUGGAGUUCUUGUUCUUGUCACUGGAUACUUGACUGGAAAAGAUAAUGUGAGGCGGAAAUUCACUCAGAGUUUCUUCCUAGCACCUCAAGAUAAAGGCUAUUUUGUUCUGAAUGACAUGUUCAGAUAUGUUGAGGAACCCCAGCUCUUGGAUGCAAACCCUGUUCCCGUUAGUGAUGUAGAAGCCCCUUUGCCUGUUGAAGAGGAUCCUACUCCAGAUCAGGAGGUUGAUAUUACUGAGCAAAGUCCGGCCCCUGUGGAGGAAGAAGACCACGCAGAAGUGUAUAAUCCUUCCGAAAAUGGAGAUGAUUCAGUAGUGGAGGUGGAAAUUUUGGCACCUGAGGUUAUUGAUGAAAGUCCUGUUGAUCCAGAGGUAGCUGCUGAGUCUGAUGCUAAAUAUGAAGACGUUCCAAAGAAGUCAUAUGCCUCAAUUGUAAAGGUAAUGAAGGAGGGUUCUGUUCAAGCAUCUGCGUUAACGCCUGCCUCUGUGAAGUCUGCUACGAGGGCUCAAGAAGAGCAGGUGACUGCUUCACCAUCUCCUGCCCCCACAGUUGAGAAUCAGCUUACCAAUUCAAAAGUGACUGAAAAUGAGAACAGGCAAGAGAGUGAAUCACCCGAUGGUCACUCCAUCUACUUGAAAGGACUACCGAUGAAUGUUACCUAUCUGCAAGUUGAGAGCGAGUUUACUAAGUUUGGACCUAUUAAACGUGGUGGUAUUCAGAUCAGGGCCCAGAAGGGAUUUUGUUUUGGCUUUGUUGAAUAUGAAGAACGGAGUGCUGCACAAAGUGCAAUAGAGGCUUCACCCAUUGCAAUUGGUGGACGUCAACUUGUUGUUGAGCCAAAGAAGUCCACUGCUCGAGUGAAUAGCCGGGAGCGGUUUCCAUCUGGAAGGCUAAGUGGAGUAUUCAGGAACGAUGGCCCAAGAGGACGUGGGAACUAUGGAGGGGGAAACAGAGGCUACAACAGGGGCGAGAUGAACAGGCCUGACUUCGGGAACAGAAAUGGCGGCAGAGGAGGGUACUCCCACCAUGGGGAUGGAGGAUACCACCGAGCAGAGCGUCCACAAAGAGGGUUUAAUGGUGGGGACCCACCCAAGAGCAUGGCUGCGCGAGUUCCUGCUGCUGCUUGAGCCCGAGGUACUGCAGAACUGAAUUAGUCUUGUCUCGUUGAUCUGAGUGCUAUUAUGGGUAAAUGGUGAUCUGGGAUCUUUUUCUUUUUUGGGGAUGGGGAUUAUUUUCCUUAGAAUUGGGUCGGUUUCAUUGUUGUGCAGGUGAAUAUUAGGUGGGAAAAGUUUACAUAUAUCAAGGUAGAGGUUCGGGUGGUCGGGAUUUUGGCGCCCUUUUUUUACUGUUGGUGUCUAGGUGAGGUGGGAGGUGGUAAAAGAGGACAUCUUUUGGCAAGAUACAGAGAUAGUUGGGGAUAGGCUAGAAGUGAUUGAGACAUCUUAGAUUUGAAUAGCUAAAAUGAUUUCCAAUUUAUAUCCCCCGUUUUAUUUGUUUC